UACUAGGGUGAGCAUUCUUGAUCGACAUUCAGACGGUAGUAGGACGGUUUCCAACCUCGGCUCGGACCGUGCUCUUACUCUUCCAUCCCCUCCCCCUCGCAGUCAUCUGUUGCUCUACAUCAUGAGGUUCACAAAAGCCCUGUCUUUGGUACCAGCGCUGGCGAGCUGCAGCACUGCGGACCCAGUCCUUGGUCCGCUGAGCCACAUUGCCAGCAACCCAGAGGACUCGCAGUCUGUCCUCGGCCGGAUCCCGACCGCACAUGAGUCUGCCGUCCUCGGGCGGCGCAUCCUUGCCCUCACGCCGCUCGGGACUCUCGCGACGGUCUUCCCGAACCCCCCAGACGGCCACUACUCGGCCGAGGAGCGCCGCCCUGCCGGACUGGGUGGCGUGCCCCUGGGCCUCAUGGACUACGUCGCCGAUUGCGAGGACGAGGGCAACCCGACCAUCCUGGCCAUCAACAUCGCGACAUCCUUCAAGAACGUGCGAGCCGGCUCGAACAUCAGCCUCGCGCAGGCCUGGACACCCAGGUACGCGCCGGACAAGCGAAUCAAGUCCGGGCCGGCCAGUCUGUGGGACUGGAUCUUUGGUGGCAAGGGCGGCGACGAGGUGACCUCUUCGAACGGUGCAGACUCGGUCCCUUACUCGGCCGCGAACCUACCGCGGUAUUCUCUGCUCGGAUACCUUGAGAAGAUUGAGGCAUCAGAGCUUGACGGCGUGUCCGCAUGCUUUGUCAAGCAGCACCCUGAUGCCAAGUACUGGCUGCCCGGCAAUCGCAUCCACGAGUCCGAGUUUGUGCGGCUUGUCGUGACCCAGGUGUACUGGAUUGGCGGCUUCGGUGACAGGGCGUACAUCGGCUGGAUCGAUCCGGCCGACUGGAAGAGCGUGACCAGAAAGGACUGGGAGGCUGUUCGGCUGCCUGGGGAGAAGAAGGGCUGGGAUGAGUGGCGGGUCGAGAUGUGAGUGCAUGAUGGCGAUGUUGCUUGCGACGGCGCCAGGAGCAUACGUCUAUCACAAUGAGCAUCAUAAUUUUUGAAGAUCAAUCAUACGACAUUGCAGCACAGCGGGAGGCAGUCCAUUCUUACAGUAGCCGCACUCGACUGUCGUUUACAAAGUUUCAAUGCUGGUCGCAAAAGGCUUCCCGAAAAGCUACCGAUAGGGUCCAUCGUUACCCGUGCUACAUACUUUAGUCAAGUGGGAGCUACGCAGUAUAGCAGCAUGACUCGCCAGGGGACGUGAGAUCGUCUGGCUCUACGAUGCAACCACUGAAUGGACUGAUGAUCUAGAACGCUUGCUACAUGCUGUGGCGGCGCGCCGUGUGGGUUAGCGCCGCGGGCUACUAAAGUUGUUCAUGCCUGCCCAGGUGAACUUUCA